ACUUAUCACUCCAUAAGCUCCUACAACAUUCUCUUCAUUAACUUUCUUUUUUCUUUUUAACCAAGCCUUCUUUUCUUUUUUAGCCAAAAACUUUAAGACACAUACAUUAAUAACUUCUUCACUAGCAACUAUCACUGGGUAGAAUCACUUCUGAAGAUCUUCCCCUUAACUGCUUUAAGCUGCAGAUGAAUCCUGCUUCCCCUUCACAAGCCUCUCCAUUAAAUCUUUAAACAAUGCUGUAUUAACAGAGAGAAGAAAUUCCCUCAUGUGACACAGGGCAGUAGUGAGAGAAUAAAAGGCUUGCUCAAACACUGCGGGGAAGAACAGGCUGAACACUUGGCUCAGUCCCACAUUUCAGCUGUUAGAAAGCCCUUAUCACAGAAGGCACAUUUGCUUUGGAAAGUUAAGCGAGAGGAUCACAACAAAAGAAAAUGGGAGCAGAGCACUUUAAGAGCGCCCUGGGAAGCUGUAACCUGAAGCCUGCUGAAGGCUGGGCUGGGGAGGCAGCAAAAAGCAGAUGUGGCUGCGCUGAGCGUGCACUGUCCCCGGCUCACACUCACUGGGAUCCUGCGGCAGUGGCGGCCGAGAGGAGCCCAAGGUUCAGGCAUGCAGAUUCCAGCAAUUCUCCUUCUCCUGGGUCUUCUAACCAUCCCAAGUAAAUCCCAGAACUCACCAACUGGGCAGAACUCUCCAACCACUGAUGGAACUGUCGGUGAGGUUGAGGAGGAAGAUCCAUUCUAUAAGACCCCUGUAAACAAGCUGGCAGCUGCAGUCUCCAACUUUGGCUAUGACUUGUACCGCCAGCAAUCCAGCCGGACAGCCACUGCCAACGUGCUGCUGUCUCCAUUCAGCCUGGCUACUGCUCUUUCUGGUCUUUCACUUGGGGCUGGAGAACGAACAGAAGAUGUGAUUUCUCGUGCCCUCUUCUAUGACCUACUUAACAAAGCUGAGGUCCACAACACCUACAAGGACCUACUGGCCAGUGUGACUGGGCCAGAGAAGAGCCUGAAAAGUGCCUCCCGUAUCAUCGUGGAGAAAAGACUGAGGGUGAAAUCUACUUUCCACAGCCAACUAGAGAAGUCCUACAAAAUGCGUUUGAGGGCACUAAGUGGCAACACCCAGUUAGACCUCCAGGAAAUCAACAACUGGGUACGGCAGCAGACAAGGGGGAGAAUUCUGCGGUUCAUGAAAGAUAUGCCCACAGAUGUCAGUAUUCUCCUUGCUGGGGCUGCAUACUUCAAGGGGACUUGGAAAACCAAGUUUGACACCAAGAGGACUGUCCUGAACGACUUCCAUCUGGAUGAGGACAGAACUGUGAAAGUGUCCAUGAUGUCAGACCCCAAAGCCAUACUGCGAUACGGUUUUGACUCAGAGCUCAACUGCAAGAUUGCCCAGCUGCCACUGACAGAAGGAGUCAGCGCCAUGUUCUUCCUGCCUACGAAGGUGACCCAGAAUAUGACUCUGAUUGAGGAAAGCCUCACUUCUGAGUUUGUUCAUGAUGUAGACAGGGAGCUGAAGACAGUGCAUGCUGUGCUAAGCUUGCCCAAACUGAAGCUGAACUACGAAGAGGCACUUGGCAACACUUUAAAGGAGACAAGGCUCCAGUCACUUUUCACAUCACCUGACUUUACUAAGAUUUCUGCCAAACCUAUUAAGCUAUCUCAUGUGCAACACAAGGCAGUUUUGGAGCUUAAUGAAGAUGGGGAAAAAUCCACACCAAAUCCUGGAGUGAAUGCUGCUCGUCUGACCUUCCCCAUAGAGUAUCAUGUGGACAGACCAUUUCUUCUUGUGCUGCGAGAUGAUACUACUGGAACUCUUCUCUUCAUUGGUAAAAUCCUGGAUCCCAGAAGUGUUUAGAUCCCUUCACAGUAAUCUGCAGUGGUAGUGCUUGAAUGGAAAGGAUGGUGCUGGGAGAGAUACUGGCUCCCUGCUCUGCUGCACAAAGACACAACUUGCAAAUCUUUUGCCUUUAUGCUGCAAUAAAAGAGCUUUUGCUAUUACUCUCCACAAGCUCCUGUAUUCUCCCUUGAAAGACUGUCCUGUCUAUGUCACAUUCCUUCACACUUCCAUUUUCCCUAGAUGGAUCCCCACUGCAGUUCUCUCCUAUAUACAGACAUUACUCUAGUGAAUACUGCAUUUUCCCCUACCACAUCUACCAAGCCAAAGCCAGUUAUUAAUCGCUGCUGAAUCUGCUCUGGUUGCCCUCCAAGUUCUGCAGAGUCCUCUCUUACAGCUCAUGAGUUUGCACUUCCCAGCCAGCUGCCUCAUCCAUUCCAACCAUUUAUGUUUCGUGCUGACAAGAAUGGAAGUGCAUCAUUAGAAGUAAAAUGCACUUUGGUCUGGAUGACUGAAUGUUCAUGACCAACAAAAUACCACACACGGGAGGUUCACAUCU